UCGAAAUUUUAGUUUACUCCUUAUUAGAAUUUUUCCGAUACGUAAUGCCUUUUUCAAAAUUUUGCAGUAAACUUAAAUUUUAAAUUAUAUUUAAAAUUAAGUUUUCAGUUUGUUCCAUAUGUUUUAUAUUAAUUCCCUCUGACCCUCUAUUUUUUAUUAUAACAAAUUUGAAUAUGUUAAGACUUUCUCAGAAAGAUUUUUUACUAUUUCCCAGAAUAGAUGAGGGUCAGAGUGUGUUAGACCUACAGAGCUUGACUAAUGUUCCCAUCACAUUUAAAUUGAAAACAACAUCACCGGAAAAGUUCAGUGUCAAACCAAUUGCAGGUAUUUUGAAAAAAGGCGAAUCGGUCAAAGUCACUAUCAAUCUCAAGCCGGGCCAUACAAUAGCAGAAAGUCAUGGAAAGGAUAAAUUUCUUGUUUUAGUUAUGCCAGUUCCAGUAGGCGUUCAUCAAAAGGAACCUUUAAAAAUAUGGAAAGAAAAUCUACCUCACAAUUCUUACAUUGAAGAGACUCGUUUAGUUUGUGCCUAUAAAACUAAUAGCGAAGUAAGAAGAGACGAACGACAAAUUCCUUGGUUCAAGGAAGAAACUAACAUGAGUGGAGACCGUUCAAAUCGUAAUGCACAAAAAGAACCUCAAAUAGAACACGAAAAUAAAAAAGAACCGUUAGUAGAGCAAAACUUACAAACAGAGCCUGCUAAACUGUAUGAAACACAUUCAAAUAAAGAGCUGUUACCUAUGCCUGUCAGUAACUUUAAUUUUCAAACAGAGCCUGUAACACAAUUUCAACCGUACAAAAAUGAAGAACCCUUAAAUAAGCCUAUCACUGAUGAAUAUUUACAAACAGUGCCUCUUAUGUCGUUUAAUCCACAUGUAACUAACGAACAGUUUAAAAAAUCCAAAAGUGAUGAAAAAGUACAACUAAAACCUUUUGUGCCAGAAGAAUCGAAAAUAAAUAUAGGUCCGAUAGCGAGUCCUAGUGAUCAAAUUACAACUCAAGACCUAUUAGGGCCUUCCGCUGAAGUAUUUUCUCCUGGUACUCCAAUGUCUACUGCUAAAAAGGAUACUGAUCUUGGUCUUAUGAGUAUUUCUCCAAACGAUGUUCUGAUAUUCCCAAGAGGUGAAAAAAGUUUAACUGUUUUAAAACUUACAAGUUUAACACACUCUACUCUUACUUUUAUGAUAAAGACAACAUCAGCAGAAAAGUUCUUUGUUAAACCCUAUGUUGGUUUGUUGGGUCCAUUCGAAACAGUAAGUGUUACUAUUAAAAUUAAACCAGAACAAUAUCUUGAUGAAGGUACUACAAAUCAAAAAUUUCUUGUUAUGGCGAUGAAAAUCCCUCCAGAUAUUGAUGCAUCACAUAUUUUGCUAAAUAUCUGGAAAUUAGUUACUCCGAGGAGUCCUUAUGUUGAUAAACAUCGUUUAACUUGUGCUUAUUCAGCCCCACUGGAUUUAUCAACAAAAAGUGAUCAUAAUUUAAUAAGUCCAAGUGAAAAAGCUAUAUUAAAACCAACAAUAAAUCCAAUUGCAAUAUUACCAAAUCCUAAUACUCAAAAAAUUAAAGAUUCAAAUUAUACAGUGUAUGUAAAUGAUAAUAAACAAAACACUCCAAAAAAACCGGAGAUGGUGGAAAAUACUAAAACAGUUGUUAAACCAGAUUAUCCCAUUGAACAUCAUGAACAUGAUUAUCCUUAUGGUGAUGAAGAGGAUAUGAGACAAAGUCGUAUUUUAGGAGCACAACUAAAAAUCACACAAGUUCUGCAAAUCGUCACUUUGUUAUUGUUAUUUAUACUCUCCAUAGGGUUUGUAUAUUUAUUGAAAAAACAAUACGACUUUGAACACAGAAUACCAACCGUUCCUGCAGUGAAUCCUACAAAGAUACAUUAUACUAACAGUCCUAAUAAUUUGAAGAUGGGAUCAAUGAAGUAUACGAAUUUUGGUAAAAAUGCCGGUAACCAAUGUUACCGACGUCGGUAACAUUACUAUAAAUAAUACACAAAAAAUUAUUCGUAAUUUUAAAGGUAACUUUCACUUUCGUAUACUAAUUAAAUCACUUGCAAAUAUCCACAUAUAUAACGAAAAUUAUUUUGCAAUAAAUAAUGUUGAAUAAUAUGGCUUUGCC